UUCAUUUUGGAUUUUGAGUUUGAAACAAACAAACAAACAAACAAAAAUGAUGAUGAUACCUGCAACAGCAUCAAUGACUGUUAUGUUAUUAACAGUUGCCUAUUAUGCAUUACGUCGUCAAACUAAUCAUAAUUAUUUUGUAAAUAGUCCAUUACCGGUAAAUGAAUCAAAUUUUGAUUUUAUUAUUAUUGGUGGUGGUACUGUUGGUUGUAUAUUAGCAAAUCGUCUUACUACCGAAUUAAAUGCAACAGUUUUAAUGUUAGAAGCUGGUGGUCCACAAUCAGUUAUUACUGAUAUGAUUGGUAAUACACAAUAUUUGAUUGGUGGUGAAUUUGAUUGGAAUUAUCAUGUUCAACAACAACAUUAUGCUGGUCUUGCAUAUCCGAAUUUUACCAUUACCAGAGGUAAAGUUCUUGGUGGUACAUCAACAACUCAAUGGGGUAUAUAUAAUCGUGGUAAUCCGAAUGAUUAUAAUAAUUGGUCACAACGUUAUGGACUAACAAAUAUGACAUGGCAAAUGGUUUUACCAUAUUUUUUAGCAUAUGAAAAUAAUACCGAUCAACAAUUACAAUCGAAUGGUUAUCAUCGUUCAGGUGGUUUAGUAUCAGUAUCAACUGAAACUGAACCUGAUCCGGUUCUUAUAGAUUUUCGUUCAUUAAUGAAUCGUCUUGGUUAUCCAACAAUCGAUUUGAAUGGCCAAACACAAUCCGGUACAGCAAUUGCACAAAUGUUUUAUAAUUCAGAUACUGGUAUUAAAUCAACAACAGCAAAUUCUUAUAUUGAAUCAAUUAAUCAAACCACAGGUUUAACAAUUAUAACACGUGCAUUUGUUGAACGUAUUUUAUUAACAAAUAAUUCACAUGCACAUGGUGUUGUAUUUAAACGUAACAAUACUGAAUAUCAUAUGUAUGCAAAUAAUGAAAUUAUCUUAACUGCUGGUCCAAUAAAUACACCACAAGUACUGAUGUUAUCUGGAAUUGGACCACGAAUUCAUUUGGAAGAAUUAAAUAUACCUGUUGUAAGAGAUUUACCUGUUGGUAAUAAUCUUCAGGAUCAGGUAUUUGUACCAUUAUAUUAUCGUAUUGAUAAUCAAACAACGAGACAAGUUGAUCCAUAUCCACGAUUUGAUGUAACAAAUCUUUAUGAAUAUUUUCAUAAUGCAUCUGGACCAUUGGCACAUCAUGCUGAUGGUGUAACAUAUUAUUCAUCAUCAGUGAAUCCAAAUGGAACCAAUUGGCCCGAUACAAUGAUUAUUUCAGUUGUUGAAUUUUUCAAUAAUCUUAAUGCAACCGUUGAGCAAUAUGCAUCAAAUCAAAAUGAAUGGAGACAAUAUUGGCAACCAUAUUCAAAUGAUGGUUAUUAUUUGGCAAUUGAUCCAGUACUGGCAAGACCAACAAGUCGUGGUACAGUACGAUUAAAUGCUACGAAUCCAUUAUCAGCACCAUUAAUCGAUCCAAAUUACCUGAGUAAUCGAACAGAUUUUGAAGCAUUAUUAGAUGUAACAAGAUUUAUUGUUCGUGCACUUCAACGUUAUCCAUUAACAGGUGUAAUGCAAUUUCCACCAAUACCUGGAUGUCCAUUAACUGGUUGUAAUUUAACAGAAACAUUAUGUGAAAUAUAUCUUCGUUGUCAUAUUAGACAAUUAUCGCGAAGUUAUUAUAAUUUUGCCGGUACAGCACGUAUGGGUUUAGCAAAUGAUACCGAAGCUGUUGUUGAUCCAGAAUUUCAUGUAAUUGGUUUUAAUAAUUUACGUAUUAUCGAUGCAUCAAUUAUACCUGAAAUACCAAAUGGUCAUAUUAUUGCUGCAACAAUUAUGUUAGGUGAAAAAGGUUCGCAGCUAAUUAUUCAAGAUAAUCAAUGAAUGAAAACAAA